UCUCCCAAACCAACCGCUUCCUUUCAUUCCUUCCCCUUCACAUCAGCCGCUCUCUCUCUCUCUCUCUACGCUGAAGCCACAGUCUCUUUCAGUUAUUCCUCCUCUCUUAUCAACACAGAACACAGCAAAAACUAACAAAAUUCAAACGAACUUAUCCACUCACUAUUUCUCAGAUUUUGCGCUCUCUCUCUCUCUCUCUCGUUCCUAUCAAUCAAUCAAUCUCCUUCUUGUUUCUGUAAACUUAAUUGUUCAUAGAGAUUAUGGGACGUUCGCCUUGUUGUGAGAAAGCGCACACGAACAAAGGCGCUUGGACCAAAGAGGAAGACCAACGCCUUAUCGAUUAUAUUCGCCUCCACGGGGAAGGUUCUUGGCGUUCUCUCCCAAAAGCUGCUGGAUUGCUCAGGUGCGGGAAGAGCUGCAGAUUGAGAUGGAUAAACUACCUUCGUCCUGAUCUAAAACGAGGAAAUUUCACCCAAGAAGAAGACGACCUCAUCAUCAAGCUUCAUAGUUUACUCGGAAACAAAUGGUCUCUGAUUGCGGCGAGAUUGCCUGGUAGAACCGAUAAUGAGAUAAAGAAUUAUUGGAAUACUCAUAUAAAGCGCAAGCUCAUCAGCCGCGGAAUCAAUCCGCAAACGCACCGUCCUCUCAACGACACCACCGUCUCUGUAAAAUCCGCCACCAAGUGGGACUUCAAGACCUCGCCGGCGGGGGAAAACGACUUCACCGAGAAGAUGCAGAAGCAGAAGCGGCAGAGUGAUAGUUUUCAACUGCAUCAAUUUCAGCAGCAUCAAGGCCAUUGAUCAGGAGUUGAACAAUACGAGCAGUGGCACCACAACAGAAGAAGAACCGCCAUUGCUGCAGCGCGAUUCUUCGCUUCAUGGUGCUGGCGAGCCCAAUCUGGAGCUCGCCAUCGGUCUCGUACCGUUUCACUCUGGUUCGGGUCGUACUGCGCCGGGGAACUCAACCGAGUCAAAAACCGGGUCGGCGCGGUCUCCGGCAACGGCGGCUCAAACGGCGUCGUUUAUGAGUUGGCAAUUCGAUUUCCGGAGGUGGGGAAGUGUAUAGAAAUUAGAAAAUAAGAACCGCCACCACUAAUCGCUUCAGGAAUAGAUUUCAUUUCACGCACUGUCGUCCAUAGGAAUAUUUUUUCAGGGGGAGAAAAAUAUGUGCUUGUUUUUUUCACCAUAAUAUGUUUUUCUUUUUCUUUUUUAAUAUGAAAAGUUCUUUUAUA